AUGGGACUCACUCGUUACUUAUCACUCAUUUUCUGCUGUCUUCCUGGUCCAAAGCAUGAAGAUGCUUUCCCUGCUAGAGAUCAUGCGCCCACGCUCUCCGCUACCGAGCCCCGAGACAAGGAACUCUCUUGCAAGAAUUCGCUACCACCUAAUAGACCGACUUCUCGCUUCAGCAAUUAG